GUUCCGAGCUGUAGAGAGGCCCCAGCUUAUGGAAUAGCAGGACCCAGCAGAUUAAAGGCAACACAUGCAGACUCCUGUCUCCAUGUCGACCAAAUACUGAAGGGGUCAAAUUUAACAUGAAAACUGACCAUUACUGGACAUUACAUUCUCAAACUUCCUUUUGAAACUCUCCAAGAUUCCUGCAGCUUUCCAUCUGAAGUAGGACAUUUCAGGCACAGAGAAUCGGCUACUGCCGAGUCCAGUAGAUGGCUUAUCAUUAAGGAGCCACCAUACAAUGUACUGUUGGACAGCAGGUUUAUGGGCUCAAAAUUAAACUGAGACUAUAGCAGCUUUUAUUUAUAGCCUGUCAUAUUCCUCAGCUGAAAUAGUGACUGAAAUGUUGCUGCUUUGUUUCACUGGUGAUGAUUAAAGGUUUCCACUGAAUGGUCCUUCUAAUUUCAUUCUAUUUGUGUGGAUGUGACGGAUCAAAAACACAAAAAGCUAGCUCCAGAUGUGGGCACCUCUCUUCCUCUGCCUUGGACUCCUUGCAAUUCCCAAAUGGGAGACAUGGAGGCGGGUGGAGGUGGAGGAGGGUUGUGAGCGAGUGGAGGAGUCAUUUGGCACAAGCCCUCAAAAAGAAGCAGCAGCGUGGGAGCUGAAGACUCGGAGCUGAACACUCCACACUGAAGACUCGGAGCUCAUUUCUAUAGGAGGAACUUUAGGCGAUGAUGCAGAAGUUUCUGUCAGCUAUGAUGACUCUCUGGGCCACCAUGAUAUUGAUGAGUCUUCAUGAGUUGGUAGGAUGCUCUGCUCAGGAGUGUUCGUCCACUCAUGACCUGCUGAACUCACUGCGGCAGGUAGAGAAGAUGUUGGCCAUACAAGAGACCUCAUACCAGCAGGGUCUGCGCUCGCUCAGGAAGAAGAUAAGUGCCAUGCACAACAGCACCAUGGUAGCAUUUAAAACCGGCAAAAAUGCAUCCUGUCCCAAACCUGAACCCCCUGCUCACGGUCGGAGGCUGGGUCGAGUGUUCAGCAUGGGCCAUGAAGUCCACUUCCUCUGCAAACCUGGUUAUGAGCUGAUUGGUCCACAAACCCGAGUGUGUCUGGAGUCUCUAAAGUGGAGUGGCCAGCAGCCCAUGUGCAGACGCCUGAACAACACCUCCAACUCAAUGGCUUCCUUUUCUGCAGCUGCUUCCUCCUUCCCUGCCUCUGCUGCCUUAUCAUCCUCCUCAGAAUCUUCACCAUCUUCUGUUUCACCUCCAACCUCUUCAUCCCUGUUGUCCUCCAUUCGACCCUCGAACUGCACACACUUCUUGGGUUCAACCCGCUGUACCUGUGAUGUUGGCUUCACCAUAUCUGGUCGCGACAACAACAUCUGCACAGAUAUCGACGAAUGCCAUCUUUUCCCUCUGGCCCAGCCAGGCCAGCUAUGUGUCCAUGAGUGCAUAAACACACCAGGCAGCUUUCACUGUGUCUGUCCACCCGGCUACAACCUGGCUACAGAUGGCCGCAGCUGCACAGACAUUGAUGAGUGUGAGAACCACACCUGUGCAGAGGAGCAGCUGUGUGUGAACACCUUCGGGGGAUUCCAGUGUGUGACGGUGGUGUGCCCAGAUGUCAAAAACGCAACAUACAUCAAGACGUCUCCCAUGCGCUGUGAGAGGAACCCUUGCAUGUCGGGAGACAAAGUUUGCAACCAAGCUCCAAACUCCAUCUCCUUUCACUUUCUCGCUGUGGUUUCCAACAUGUCUGCCCCUCGCAUCCUUUUCCGGGUGUCUGCAGCUCGAGUGCUAGGCGAUACGCUGCGAUUUGGCCUGGGUGGUGGCAGUGGCCGGGGUCACUUCAGUGUGCAGCGCUCAGGUCGACAGACGGGCACCCUGCUCCUAGUGAUGCCCAUCCAGGGUCCGGCCACACUGGAGGCUGAGGUGGAGAUGAGCGAGCUGGAGCACAACAUCUUGCUGGGUCGCUAUCUCACCAAGGUGACCUUGUUUGUGUCUCCAUUCAUGUUCUAGAAGGAACACUGAAGAGAAGUUCAGUAAAAUAAUGGAUUUGACAUCAUUUAACUUUAGAAAGUGUUUGUCUUGCAUUACUUUGGUAGUCUUAAGAAUUUUAGCCCAUUUUUUAUCAAUGCUGAACUCUGAAGGAGCCACAGAAAAAGAUGGAACUUGUUUCUUUCUAAAACCAAACUGAUACUCAGCAUAUGGUGGUUUUAAUCCCUGUGGGUUGGGAGGGAGAGAGACUACAGCAGGGCUAUUCAAUCCCAGGCCUGGAGGGUCGGUAUCCAGCAUGUUUUAGUGUUUUAUCUGCUUCAACGCACUUGAUUCAGUGGUUAAAUUACCUGUGCAGCAGCUCAUCAGGCUCUGCAGAAGCCUGUUAAUCACUAACUGAUAUCAGGUGUGUUUAAAAUGGGUUAAAACCUAAAUGUGCCCUCGAGGCCCAGAACUGAAUAGCUUUUGUUUCCGCUUUCCUGUCACUCUGCCAUGUAAUACCUUCUAUGCACCAUUAAGUUUUACUUUGAAAGGUUGGGGACUCUGUAUCGUGAGUUUUACUCUUAAAAUGUUUUAUUGUAAAAGAGAAGGUGGGAGUUAAGCUGGAACACCCAGAGAAACCCAUGCAAGCACAGGGAGAACAUGCAAACUCCAUGCAGAAAGAUCUCAGGCUGGGAUUUGAACCUCGGACCUUCUUGCAGCAAGGCAACAGCAUUGUUCCACUGUGCAGCCCUUGAUGGAAAUCAAUACAUUAAAUGUUUGGUCAAAAAAGAGAAUAAUCUAAGCAUCUUGAAUUUACUGUUCAUAAUGAUUGGAUCAUGAUCCAUCCAUCAAGCUGUCCUCUGAUCCAGUGGAGAUCAGGACAGAUGGAGAUGAUGGUGAUCGGAAUCCGUGACCGAUACGGUCAGGACUCGUCUCACAAAAUAAACCAAGGUCAUAUUUUACUGAUGAUUUGACUGUUGUAACCCUUUUUAGGGGGGUUCUGCAUGUUUCAUCUGUGCACUUUGAGUUUUAUGUUGUUGAAUUCGGUUAAAAUCGUAAUAAAAGUGGUCUCAUGGUCUCCCCAACAAACUCCUUCAUAAACUGCAACUGGUCCAGAAUUCAGCAGCCCGUAUUAUCACCCCGGUUCUUUAACAGCUUCACUGGCUCCCAGUGAAAUUCAGGUCCAUCUUCAAAAUUCUCCUCCAUACCUUCAAAGCAAUCCAAAACCUCUCUCCUCCAUAUAUCUCAGACCUUAUAAGUAUUCACACCCCAUCCAGUUCUCUCAGAUUUUCUUCUUCCAUCCAUCUUGCGGUUCCUCCUGCCCAUCUCGCUACCAUGGGGAGCAGAGCUUUCAGCCGCUCUGCUCCUCGUCUCUGGAACUCACUUCCCUCAGACAUCAGGAACGUCGACAGUUUUACCCUUUUCAAAACAAAACUCAAAACACAUAUGUUUAAAUCUGCCUACAACCUCUGAUUUUAUUGAACUGUUUCUCUCUUUGUUUUUUCUUGUUUGGGUUUCAUUAUUGUUUUAUUGUAUUUUAUUAAGUAUUUUCUGUCAAGUGACCUUGGGUGUUCUGAAAGGCGCUUUCAAAUAAAAUGUAUUAUUAUUAUUAUUAAAAUUGUCACACUGUGUGUU